AUGGAGGACAAGAUGGAUCAAGUCACCUCCAACUCCACAAAUCAUGAACAAGCCGUACAAGCCCUCCAAGAGGAAGUCUGGAUACUUGAAGAUGCUCAUGAAGACCUUAACAAUCGUUCCAGAAGGAACAACAUCAGGAUCAAGGGGCUAUCUGAAUCUGUGACUAUCGACACCCUCUCUGCUACCUUGAGGGAAACAUUCUGGGGGGAAGCCCCCCCAGCUUUAGCACUGUACAGGUUGCACACAAAAGAUGCACAACAUGCAAAAGAGAGCCACAUAAUUACCCCUAAUCCUUAG